AUGCCGCUCCCCGACACCAUGUUCUGCGCACAGCAGAUCCACAUCCCCCCGGAGCUGCCCGACAUCCUGAAGCAGUUCACCAAGGCCGCCAUCCGCACGCAGCCGGCCGAUGUGCUGCAGUGGUCAGCGGGCUAUUUUUCAGCUUUAUCUCGAGGGGAUCCCCUUCCUGUGAAGGACAGACUGGAGUUGCCUGUGGUGACCCAGAAGACAGACACUGGCCUGACACAGGGCCUCCUCAAGGUCCUGCACAAGCAGUGCAACCACCUGCGCUUCAUUGAGCUGGUGGACCUGGAGCAGAAGUGGCGGACUCUGUGCUUGCCGAUGGAGAAGCUGCAUGCCCUGCUGGUGCUGGACCCAUGUGAGGACAAGGUGGAGUGGCUCAAGUUCCUGGCGCUGGGCUGCAGCAUGCUUGGAGGGUCCCUGGAAUCAGCCAUGAAGAACAUCUGUGAGAUCCUCUCCACUGAGCCCGAGGGCGGCCCUGCACGAAUCCCCUUCACGACCUUCUCCUACCUGUAUCGGUACCUGGCCGGCCUGGAUGCAGACAUCCUGGAAGCAGACACAGAGUCCUACCUGUCAGACCUGCAGAAGAAAGUAGAGUGUCGGCAGGACAUGAUCGGGCUCUCGGACUUCUUCGUGGCCAAGAGGAAGAUGUAG